AUUUGGAUUUGUUUGACAGUCUGUGGUGUAGUGUCGUGCAAUGGCCGAUUGAUGGAGAACAGUCCGUUGGCUAUUCAUCGGGAAAGCCUACAUCCGUGUACAGUUCGGUUGUGUUUCUUCCAAUAAAGUAUCUUCCAUAAUAUUUAGCAACCGAUAGUGCAAGAUUUGUGAUAAUACUCAAAGCUUUUGGACAGUGAAAUUUAACAUUUGUGUAGGUGUUCACAUACCAUCAAACUCAGUCGGUGUUAAUUCGUGUGAAACUUGUUUUUGACUAAUGACGUCGGCCACUAUGCGACUGAUCGCCGGCCGCCACACGCUAUCGACACACGGAGGACGCGACUCUGAUGCCAAACUAAUCACUCCGAUUUACCUCUCCACUUAGAUAGGUGUUUUUAAAGUUUUACAAAUUGCAGUUUAAACAUAAUAUCAUUUACACGUGCGUUGUGUAACACACAUGUGAAGUGAAGUGCCAGUGCUAGUGUUGUGACAGAGCUGGGACACUCCAGCUGCAGCUCGGUGUAAGUGUCCGGGCCGGUGAAGCAGGGCCCGAUGUUGGCGGCGUCAUGGCCUUCAUGACGAAAAAGAAACGGUACAAGUUUGGGGUGCAAUGUUGUCUGGAGGAGCUGACUGAGGUGCCUUUCGUGUCUGCGGUGCUGUUCGCCAAAGUCCGCCUUCUCGACGGCGGUAACUUUCAGGAACACUCGAGCAGGGAAGAGGUGCGGAACCACGCGGUGCGGUGGAACGCGCAGUUCUCGUUCGUGUGCAAGAUGUGCGCUAACGCCAGCACCGGCGUGCUGGAGCCCGCGCUCAUGAGGGUCUCUGUACGCAAGGAGUGCAAAGGCGGUAGGUCAUACCAGAAGCUGGGCUUCUGCGACGUGAACCUGGCCGAGCUGGCGGGCGCGGGUGAGACGACGCGCCGCUGUCUGCUGGAGGGGUACGACCCGCGCCGGCGGCAGGACAACUCGGUGCUGCGCGUGCGCAUCAAGAUGAACAUGAUCUCUGGGGACCCACUCUUUAAAGUUCCGGAGCGCAAACAGGAGGCCACGGAAGGCAUGACGGGCGGCGACAGUGGCUCAGAGAGUGUGCCGGGCGGCACGCAACCUGAUGACGACUGCGCAUCGUCCACCGCCUCCUCGGGCUUCGGCUCACUAACCAAAAAGAAGAACUACGAGGGAAGCAUACCCCAACCUCUGUCCUUGUUGCCUUCCUGCGAGCUACCCACUCCUGACGGGGAAGAUUCGCCACUGGGCACCUCUGCGCCCGACCACCCCGGUCUGACGAUGAUGGCGGCGGUGGGAAGCGGCAGCGGCCCGGCGGCGGCGGCGGGGCCGGCGGGGGCUGGGACGGGGGCGGCGGGGGGCGCGGCCUGCGCCGCCUGCAUGCAGCAGCAGCAGCACACGCACUCGCGGAACUCCUCCAACACCUCCGGGGACAUGAGCAGCAAGGCGUCCGGCUACGGCAGCUCGUCGGCUGCGUCGGCGCACUCGCGGCAGAGCUCCGAGGGCGACUCGGCCGGGGACUCGGGCCGGCCUCACCACAACAGCGUCCCCCCCCAGUGCAAGCAGGGCCGCGCCCUCGCCCGCCUGCUCGUGCAGCAGGGCGGCGACAGCUCGGAGCUGUACCUCACGCCCAACUGCACGCUGACGGGCCCGCCCGACGUCAUCCCGCGCCACGCGCUCGCCUCGCCCGCUUCGCCCGCCUCGCCCGCCUCCGACCAGUACUGCACGCCCGACGCCACGCUCGUCAACGGCCACGAAAACUCGUUCGCGAUGCCCACGUACUUCGACAAGAAGAAGAAAGUGGCCGCCACUAUCAUCAGCGCCGCCGUCGAGCCUCUUACUAACUUCCAAAUGUUCAAGCAGAAGUCGCUCAAUACGAUCCCUGCGUUGCUGGAAAAGAACAAGAAGAACGAGGAGCUGUUCAACAAUUUCCCUUUCCUGACACCUCUCGCACACAGGAAGAACUCGCUCGUGUGCACCGCGAACCGACUCUCGGGCUGCAUAGAGGACGAGUUUUAUUGCAUUCCCUCCGACCCCGAGGUAGACGUAGGCUCCUCGGAGUGUAUAGACAUUCGAUACCGGUUCAAGAGCCUGUCGAACCAGGCUCUGAACGAGGGCGUGGUACUGACGUCGACGCCCAAGAGCGAGGCGGAGCAGCCGAGCAAGAAGGCGGCGCGGCGGCCCGAGCUGGCGGGGCUGCGCCACAGCUACUCGGAGCACGUGAGGAACCCAUCGUCGGGCUCGCUGACAGCGUCCGCGUCCGAGGGCGGCUCCUUGGAGCGCGCGCGCGCCGCGCUGGAGCGGCGCAAGCGCAUGGCCGCGCAGCAGGACUGCGACGACGCACAGCACGUCGCAUCGGGGCGCGUGGAAAACACACGGGUGAAUCCUGACUCCCUCAUCGACGAGCUCCUCGCAAACACCAACCUCAAACAGGCCGUGGAGGACUCCGCCGAGACGUCGGGGCUGCAGCUGUUCAUCUCCCGCGACGGCACGGCCGAGCUCGGCAGCCGCCAGCGCCAGCAGCUGGCGCGCCGCGACUACCAGCGCGUCGUACUGCAUCCGCACGACAACAGGUAGCCUACGGCGCGGAGACGGCGGCCGCGGCCGGCGCGGCCCGGCCCGGUACGGCCCGGCCCGGUGCGACCCGGCCUGGCCCGGCUCCAGUCGCGCCUCUCGGCCGUUGUUGUGGACAGUAUUACAUGAGAUUGACACCGACCUGCUCCUACUGUGUAUUAGCUUUUAUAUACGUCCCGCCGGGACCUCGAGCAAUGCAUAUACAUAUAUUUAUUGUUUUUGUAAUAUAAAUUAUGCCAUAAUUGUUUUACGACUCGUAAUUUAAUGUUAAUUAUUAUUAUUAUUCGGUAGCAGUUCUACAGAGAAUGGUUGUGUUCGUGCAGUCCGACAUGUUUUGUAUGAUUUACAUUAUUUUUUAUUUCUUUUUAAUGUAAGUAGGAAUCUUUUCAAUUUAAUGACGACCUACUCGACGACUGAUUGUUCCUAUAUCCUCGUAGCGCCUGUGCUUCCUCCACUGUCUCCUGUAGACUCUUCCAGCCUCUGUCUGGCGACACAGCGGCGUGUAAGGUAACGAGAAGUGCUCACAAGUGGUGCUACGUCUGCGCGGACUGCAGUACGCGCGAACUUUUGUUAUUCAUAUAUCGAUGUAAUUAUUAUUAUUCAUUGUAAAAUGUCACCCACUCAGUGAUCCGUGUAAUGGAACAGUACUUCCAAAUCCCUCCAUGUAUAUUUUCAUUGUGAUUUUUGUAUAAAUUAUUUAACGUGGUGCCAAACAAAGCAGCGCCCGCUCUAGGGGAGGGAACUAACAGAUUAUUUAAUAAUAGUGCGAGGAAGUAAAUCUAAGUCAUUCCGUUGCGUAGCUUGUACGCGUGGCUUGGCAUGGUGUAGGUGUCAGCGCGCGGUCGCUGCGACGCCCUGGCGGCGUGUAUAGGGCGGCGUCGCAGGGGCCGGCGCCGACCCCAGCGCUGCAUGCUCCUCGCGACACUUGGCGCCGCCCGCCAGGCGGGAGCCCGCGGGAAAGCGGCGUGCGUUGUUAUUGUAUCAUAUUCUAUGAAGCCUGUACAGUAUUUGAAUAAAGGACGUGUCUAGAGCUAC